GCCAUUUUGAAAAAGUGCUUUGUCCAAACCGCAUUAUUUUGUAACAAAUUCAUCGUUUUGAACCAUGCCAGCGGCCGUUUUAAAGGAUGAAAUGGUUGCAAAGGAAGAGGAUAACUAUCCAAGGAUUACGAAGAAAGUGCUAAUUCAGCUUUGCAAAGAUCACAAAUUGUACAGAACGCCAUAUCUUAACGAUGUUCUCUACCUUCAUUAUAAAGGGUUUGCAAAGAUAGAAAACCUUGAGGAGUACACAGGCUUAAAAUGCUUAUGGUUGGAAUGCAAUGGAGUUCACAAGAUAGAAAAUCUGGACUAUCAGAAAGAGUUGCGAUGCCUAUACCUACAGCAGAAUCUCAUAUCAAAGAUAGAGAAUGUGGAACAUUUACAACAGCUGGAUACUCUUAAUGUUAGCAACAACACCAUUUCCAAAAUUGAAAACAUUGGUGCCAUACCCAAACUUAGCACUUUACAGAUAUCGCACAACCGUUUAUCAUCUGCUGACGACUUGAGACAUUUGUCAGAAUGUUCUAAUCUGAGAACAUCUUCUGAAAUCAGUAAAGGCCUCAGAUACCUUGAUGACAGACCAGUUUUUCCUAGAGAAAGAGCUUGUGCUGAGGCAUGGGAAAAAGGUGGAGUGGAGGCUGAGCGAGAAGAAAGGGAGAGAUGGAUCACACGAGAACAACAAAAAAUCAUGGACAGUUUUAAUGCAAUGGCGAAAAUAAGGGAACGAAACGAUCUAAUAAGGAAACAGAAGCAGCAGCAGAUUACAAUAGACGACAAAAACGAUGAAAACUCUCUAGGAAACAGCGGCGGGGGAAGCGAUGAAAGUGAUAUUGAAAUCAGCCAAGACACUGAGCGACAACAAACGCAGGCUGAUGAAAAACAGGAGCCUGGAAUCGUAUCAAUUGAUGUUAACACGAAAACUGCCGACCCUAGGAAUGAAGGCGACGAUGUUUGUUCGGCUUCAGUACCUGAGACGCCUCCAGUUCAGGAGAUAGAGACUGUCACAAUCGGAUCUUCCGCUGAGUACCAAGUGCUUGUUGAUCAUGGAAUCUUUAGCGGAUCUCGACAGCAUCAAGUCAAAAGGGCUGGUCCUAUGAUAACAGAAAUAGUUCUGGGUGAAGAUGAGUUAGAGAAACGAAAAGGAGAAGGAGUGCUGGUCACCGAAUUAGAAGAAGAUGACGUUGAAACGAUUUCACUGCCAGAGGUUCCAAGAGAGGGGUCAGGUGAUUUCCCUGAUUCCCAAGAGGAUUUGCCUGAGCUGGAGGAAAUAGACACAAAAGAUCCAUUCUUCAUUCGCAGCUUAAACUCCUCUCAUAUCAAGACGUUCAUGUUUACAGAGAAUGACACACACGUAUCGGCGAACAUUGCAAUAUAG